AUGGGCAUGUUCUCCAUCCUCCCGGCGUCUUUCCUGGUACUGGAAACUUGGGUCGCGAGRGUUUUCCUGUUCUUCGCCCUCUUGAUCAUCGGCCCAUGGCUUCUGAUCCUAUUCUACGAUCUUUUGCUGUACAUCUGGCGAUUUGCGACUUACGACAUACCAAUUAUUGGCGGUCGAGCUCGCRGUCGAGCGCGGCCUAGAGCGCCAAGCCUAACGACACGUCCGACUGGCCAUAGACGUCAGAUCAGUCUGCCUAUUGGGACCCAAUCGCUGCCACAAAUCGAUUUGAAUACUGGCCAGGAAACCUUCUCGACUGGGCGGCGUCGCAGCUCCAGCCAUGUCACUUUCCGGGAUCUCUCCAAAUCACAGGACGAAAUGAGAUGA